AUGGCGGCCCCUCUGAAGAGAACUGCAUCCUACACAUCGUCACGGUACUCCGGUACAAACGCAGCGGGCCAUGUUGAACAAUUCGGGCGGUCUACGUCCAGUCUAUUUGCAGAGAAGGAGGCUGCGUUCCUGCGUGGGCCAGGCAGCGAAGGGACGAACCAGUAUGCGAGGGCCCCAGACAGGGAAUCCGACGACAGCGCCAGUUCGGGUUCCGACUUGGUCAUCGAUUUUGGUCUUGCUCAUCCGACGCCACAGCUCACCUCACCGUUUUCUCCUACGGUAUCGUCUCCUCUGAACCCUACAGCUUCUGCCUCAAGCUGGCGGCCCAUAACUACUGGCGAAAGGCGCUCUCAGCCACGCCCUCUGCGGCCGUCGUUAAGGGGAACACAUAACAAAAGCGCACCAGAUCUACCAAGUCAGGCCGGGCGUUUGCCAGGCAGCUCGUUGACCCUGCAAGAUCUAGGCACGGAUUACACGCGAUACUUCAGUCCUUACUCAGACAGCCCCAGAACUUUGAGUGCGAGGAGUUCUUUCUGUGAACAUUCAUCAGCUUCCAGGCAUCCGUUGGUAUCUGGAACGAUGACUCCUUUACCAGCUAACCCUUUCCUUACUCCAAAUGCUUCAACAACAAAGCUCAACACCUUGUUCGAUCCAGAAAAGAAUACAUCCUUCAUAGACGAUCGACUAACCGCGCCUUAUGGGGACAAGGGCAUGGCAGCCUGGCCGUUGAUUGGAGAUGAAGUCGAGUCAGAUGAUGAGCUGCACAUGCCGCACCCUGACGAUGACAUCCAUUACAGGCCAAAGCUGCGCGAUCACUUUACAAAGGACAGCAUUGUCUCGACGAUUGGCCUCUUUUUCAUGAUUGCUGGCCUGCUUUUCGUUUUCAUCGGGCUUCCAGUACUGUCCGCCGUUGGUAUCAUCGAUUACAACUCCUCAUACGGGGGGCCUUCGAUACCGAGCCGAUACAAGCCCCAGCCAUGGGCCAAAGUGAACGACAAAACCUAUCCGCUCCUACUGAACAUGCGUAAGGGACUAAUUGACCCGGAUACCCCGCAGCACGUUAUGAAAAGAAAAGGGGCACACGGUGAUCAAUAUGAGUUGGUGUUUUCAGACGAGUUCAACAAAAGCAAUCGCACGUUCUACGAAGGAGAUGACCCGUACUUCUUUGCCGGUGACUUCUGGUACGGUGCGACCAAAGACCUGCAGUGGUACGACCCGGACGCAGUGACCACCCACGACGGAGUACUAGAAAUAAAGUUGGAAAAGUUCAUCAAUCAUGGCCUCGAAUACCGCUCCGGCAUGCUGAACAGCUGGAACCAGCUUUGCUUCAAGGGUGGCAUCUUUGAAGUCUCGGUAUCUCUGCCAGGGCCAGCAGGUGUAACAGGCCUUUGGCCUGGUGCGUGGACAAUGGGCAAUCUCGGGCGACCAGGCUACUUGAGUACAACAGACGGCAUGUGGCCCUACACUUACCAGGCCUGCGAUGCUGGUAUCACGCCAAACCAAUCGAGUCCUGAUGGUCUCUCCAACUUGCCUGGACAACGACUUCCUUCUUGCACCUGUCCUGGGGAGGAUCACCCUACGCCUGGGACUGGCCGAGGCGCACCCGAAAUCGAUGUCAUAGAGGUGGGAGCCACGUAUGCACCGCAAAAGAUGCCCAUCGCGACGCAGAGUUACCAAGUAGCCCCGUUCGAUAUCUUCUGGUAUCCGAACUACAACUUCACUGCGUUUCCCGACCAUAGGCUCAGCUACUUCAACAGCUACACGGGUGGUCCGUUUCAACAAGCUAUUUCAGCCACCACCAACCUGAACAAGGACUGGUUCGACGGUGUUCAAUAUCAACGAUACUCGUUUGAGUACGCGCCUGGUGAAGGCGAGAAUGCCUUUAUCGACUGGAAGGUCGGGGACCAGACUAUGUUCACGCUGGACGGCCGCGCCAUCGGGCCCAACGGCAACAUCAAAGCCCGCCAGAUAUCUGAGGAGCCCAUGUCAAUGAUUUUGAACUUGGGAAUCAGUAACGGUUGGACCUGGAUCGAUUGGGAGCACCUUAUCUUUCCGGCAGUCAUGCGAGUUGACUAUGUACGGCUGUACCAGAAGACGGGCGAGGAAAUGGUGACUUGCGAUCCUCCGGGCUUCGAAACGACCAAAUAUAUCAAAAGGCACCAGAACGCCUAUUCGAACCAAAAUCUCACAGUCAGUACAUACCGGCUUGGUAAUUUCAACUUGUUGCUAAUGUGGACGCAGCGAUGGGAUCAGACCGGCCACUCGUGGCCAAAGCACAAACUCAACAGUGACUGUUGA